GAGCGGGAUGAAGGGUGUCAGGUGGGGCAGAGGAGGAGCAUGCAGCCGGCUGUAAACACAAACCGGAGGAGAAGGAGGAGGAGAAAGGAAGAAGAGCUGCUGGUGAGGGGGGGGGGAGAAUUUCAGUGCUGCGCCUUGCGCCCUGCGUUUUGCUGGUCCAAGGACCCGCCCUGGGUCCCAGCAGCAUCGGCCUUAAAGGAGGCUCCUCCUGGCCGAGCGGCAACCGGGGAGGGAGGAGGAGAGGUGGUGAUUUUUUUUCCCCUCCCUCCCACCACCGGCAUUCCCUGCCUCCAUCCGCUGGGUUGAGGUGUGUGUGUAUGUGUGGGGAUUUUUCCUAGUUUGCGUCCUGGCCUUUAAAACCGGUGCAGAAGCUCCUCCGAAGCCCCCUCUCCAACUUGCAACCAUCUUUCGAUGGACUACGUUCGUCUCUUGGAGUAAACAACUUGGAUGCUCUCCCUGGCGGAUUCUUUCCUGAAUGGAAAGGAAUCGACUCGGACGGAUAACGCCCGGUUUGGUCGUCGACAGAAUCGGCCGGAUGAGAACGUGGUGAUUUCGGUCCUGGAAAGGGGAGAGGAGGGAGAAUAGAUCGGCUCUUCCCAAUCGCCGGAGUUUUUUACAUCCCGGUUUGGCCGAAGGUCUGGAAACCAUGGAUGCCAUAGGGACCGCAAAACUGGAAGGACAUCCGGAAGGUCCGCCGGCCGACCCCGCCAAUGGUUUUCCGAGUCCCCCGGAGCCAGCGGAGGAAGAGAACAAGAACGGCAAUGGCAAGCCCAAGGGCCUAGCCAAUGGUUUGAGAAAAGGGGCCAAAAAAUAUCCGGACUAUAUCCAGAUUUCUAUGCCCGCCGAUUCGAGGAAUAAAUUUCCCUUAGAGUGGUGGAAGACAGGCAUCGCCUUUGUGUACGCCCUCUUCAACCUCAUCCUGACGACCGUCAUGAUCACGGUUGUGCACGAGAGGGUGCCUCCCAAAGAGCUCAGUCCUCCGUUGCCAGACAAGUUCUUCGAUUACAUUGAUCGUGUGAAAUGGGCAUUUUCUGUAUCAGAAAUAAAUGGGAUGAUACUCGUUGGAUUUUGGCUCACCCAGUGGCUGUUUCUGCGAUACAAGGCCAUAGUAGGACGCAGAUUCUUUUUUAUAAUGGGAACUUUGUACCUGUAUCGCUGCAUUACUAUGUACGUCACCACCCUGCCUGUACCGGGAAUGCACUUCCAAUGUGCUCCGAAGCUGAAUGGAGAUUCUCAGGCCAAAGUACAGCGAAUCCUUCGACUGAUCUCGGGAGGAGGAUUAUCUAUUACUGGGUCACACAUCUUAUGCGGAGACUUCCUGUUUAGUGGCCACACGGUCGUGCUGACGCUCACGUAUUUGUUUAUCAAAGAAUAUUCACCCCGUCACUUCUGGUGGUACCAUUUGAUCUGCUGGUUGCUGAGUGCUGCCGGGAUCAUCUGCAUUCUCGUGGCACACGAACACUACACGGUGGAUGUGAUAAUCGCCUACUACAUCACGACGAGACUUUUCUGGUGGUACCACUCGAUGGCUAAUGAAAAGAACUUGAAGGUCUCUUCACAGACAAACUUUUUGUCUCGGGCGUGGUGGUUCCCCAUCUUUUACUUCUUCGAGAAAAACGUACAAGGCUCAAUUCCUUGCUGCUUCUCCUGGCCGUUAUCCUGGCCUCCUGGCUGCUUCAAAUCCUCGUGCAAAAAAUACUCCAGGGUUCAGAAAACGGGAGAGGACAAUGAAAAAUCCACUUGAAAGGAGAAUCGUGCAGGACAAAUUCAUCUGCUCUUUUACCAAAAUAUUUAAUGCUGUUACCAAAGGUAUAGUUUUGGGUUUUGUUUGGUUUUUUUGUGGGGGAGGGGGAGGUUGUUCUGAGGACUAGCUCAUCAAUGAAGAGUGGACUAACGUUUGUGUGAACAAGUAGUAAGAUGGUUAUAAACGAAGUAUUGUUCCCUUGACCUGGUUUUUAUUCAUCCGGAAAAAAGAUCUAUUUUCGUGCAACAAUACACUUCACCGAGAGACAAGCGCCAGACCUGUGAUUCACCAAUGAGGCUGUAAAAAAAAGAUGCCAGAGUUACCCAUCACUCCUUGGGGAAGCCCCUCUCACACAUCCCCCGACUCCCCGGAAUAAAAUCUGUGUCAAUUCUGGAGGGGUUUUUUUUGGUUUGUUUUCCAAGGGCAAGUGGAUCUACUGCUGGUUUAAAGAUGCAACAGUGGGCUAGGAGGAGGAGAAAUACAGUAUGAAGAGAACGGCCAUGGUGGGGCUUGGCCUCCUCCCUCAUACCCACUAGAGAGGAUGGGCGUUGUAGUCACCGAUUUGUGAAAUCUCCCUUGAGAUUUCGCGGACUCCCUCCCUGGGGGCGAGGAGUCCUAUCGCGAAGGCUCGGGAAUACUCGCUGAUACUGCCGCCCAGUAAACUUAUGUAUGCUAUUUUUUUCCAUUUUUUUAAUCGUGAUCAUUUUACAAAAGAGGGGGGGGGGGAAAAAGUGGGCUGGUCAGGGGCGAUCCUCCUAGGUUAGAGAUGUCAGUGUCACAGAGAUUCUAAAAGUGUGCAAAGUUUUCAUUUUUAAAAACAAAGUUGUUAAAUGUCAAGGACGCAGUUUUUGGAGAGUUUUGCAUAUUUAUGUCCUGUUACCUAGGUGAGCAUCCAAGAUAGUUUAGACGGUUCUAACGUUGCAUCGUUUGAGCUGAGAAUACUGACGUGGUGACCCAGAAGGACUGAGUCUACUGUUCCUACCCCGAGGUUUUGGUUGGAAAUGUGGCUGGGUGUUAUUGAGACUAUAAUUACUCUAAAACAAUUUUUAGCAAGAUAUCUCGUUCCUGGCUGGAAGUACUCUUUCUUUGUGCUUCGUGAAAGCCAAAGGUGAUUGCUUAGUUUCCACCUUCUCUUGCCCAUUGACAAGGCAAAAAGCAGAGCUACACAAUCCCCCAUAUCCCGCAGUAGUGCAGCCUUCAGCUUCUACUUAAGAGAUCUAUUCUCGUGCCGCACUGUAUUAGUUUCUCGCAGUUGAGACUUGUGGGUCAAGCCAUUUCAUUGGAAGGGACCAUUGGUCCGUUGGGAUGAUCUCUUGUUUCCUAAGGCCUAACGAGAUGGUAGGACAGAGUAGUGGAGCAGGGUCCUCUGUAUUUCAUAUCGCUUCAGAGGAGGCCCUAUCAGGCAGGUAGUUAUUUAAUCUCCGUUCAUGUCCUUAACUACUUGAAUACAAUUUUUUAAGACUUCCAGUGUAAUCUAGCAGAUUAUACCUCCUUUGAAAAGGACUUUAAAAGUCCUUAGCGGAGAAUCUGAUAACAAGAAAGGUGGCCGUGAGUCUUCAUUUAAGAAAUCAAACAUCCAAACUAUGUAAAAAGUGCCCGUCUCCAUUGUUAACAGGUAUCUCAAAGCGCCAGAAAAGUCAUCCUAGUUAAUACUUAGAAGAUGUGUGGUAAAAGCAUGGCUGUUUAUUACCGAGAAAAAAUUCUUUCAUCUGAGCUUAUUUCUUUUCAUCAGAACCAGCUAGCCUUUAUAGAUCCAAUCAUCGGAGUUUAUCUUAGCAAAGCACAAAUAAAAUCUAUAUAGGAGGGUUGCCUUUGGUGCUAAAACUCUACGUCUCUUUCGAGUUUAAAGAAUUUAUGAAGGAAAAUGGGCAGAAAUGUUAGGUGAAGAAAACCUUCAAUUCCAAGUAAUCGAAACGAGAAUUGUUUUGGGCGGGUUGUGGAAAAAAUACUUAAAUAUCCGACAGACAUUUAGGCAAAUGAUACGUACGUUUACGUCUGGUCAGAGUUUCACAAUCUUGACGCGAAGGGGCCGUGGCCGGCUUCGAACAGUUUUCCCUUCCUAGGAUCUAAAAUCUCUGUUGUCUGUAAUAGUGGAAAACUGACUACUUAUUUGCCAGGCUUGUACAUAUGUUGCUGCUAUCCAGACACUUUCCUUUGAAUCUCUAAUUCAGUGAAGACCUCUCCAAUGAGCAUCGCUAGAGUAUUAAUCUUUGGGUAUCCCACUGGGAGUAGUAGGACUUUUAAAGCACUGGUUAAGCUUUAAGACUAGGCUCUCUACGGAUAGGCCUUUUCAGCCCUUUUGAACAAACCAGGUAGUUGACUCAAUACCAAAAGCGUAUCCUCUUUGAUCUAAUCCAGUCGGUAGGAAAAAGAAAUGUCACCCGCGGUCUUUUUUCAGGGACACGUAAAAAAAUGUGGGCACUUUUUUCACAGUCAUAUUCGUCGCACUUGUGUAAUCAUUUCUGUAAAUGAAAAGAAACUGAAGAAUGUGGCUGAUAGACACGAUCCGCCCUAGAAUUGAGAAUGGAUGUGGGAUACAUGAGGGAUGUUGUGAGGCUACUGAUUUUUGAAUCCGGGAAAAGUUGUAUUGGAUUUUGACCACUUGUCGUCCUGGAGUGACAAGCCUGGGCAAAUGUUAAAUAAAUUUAAAUUUUGCCCUUGGAGCGUAGCGUAGGUGGUUUAUUUCAGAGUCUCACAACAGUUCUUUAACCGAUCCGGGAGAGCCAUCGCUUUGUCCCGUUCUGUUUUUCUGACUGUUUUAGAUUGGAGCAAUAACUUUCAUAUGAGUCGGUGACAUCUUCCGAAACAUUUCCCUACGUCUCCCCAAUUCCCAGACCUUUCCCAAACCACGGAGCUUCACGGGGAUUUCAAGAAACACCCCUACAAAUUGGAGAGAACCUCCCACUAGCGUUGAAACGGAGGGGAAGCCAGUUUCUACUCCAGUGUCACAAACUACACGUGCCAAACUCCAUCCGUAGUAAUCCUAGUCGGCGGUUUAUUGGCUUCUCUGAAAAUCAGAGUUUUGCUGCUGCGGGAUAAAAGUGCACGAAUCAGAUCAUCACUUUGGCUGGCGGGUUUUCGCGAUGCCCAGUACGGUACUAUAUUCAGUAAUUCUGGAAUAUCAGUGCCCCCUUGUGGGGUUAUCUUUUUUAAUUUCCUUUUCUUUUCAAGAAAUUGGAUUUAAAUAGAGAGAACUGCACAGUCUCUCUCGUGCUUUAAAGCACGAGAGCCUUUUUUCAUUUUCAAACACUGCCCUAUCCUGGUUUUGGCCAUAAGGGGAAGGGCCAUGGAAAAGACAUUAUUCCCGCAGCCUUUAAGAUGGUCCCGGAUGACAGUGGACAGGGAAACCGAUGAGUCCAACUCCAGUGCCUGAAAUGUGCCUGAGGAUCAUUUUCCACUCGCCAACACCUUUCCUUUCCUCCCUGACCCAUCCCCGGAGUUCCCCAAACCAGCUGCCUCCUUUCACCUUCUGUUUACUUUUGAAUUCUCCUCCAACCCAAACCAGAUGUCGUGAAAUAGGUCUUAAAACGU